AAAUAGUAACAAUGAAAAAUUGUAUUUUUUUUUUGUUUAUGCAACUUAUGUUCACAGUUAAUUUGGAAUCAGCCAAGUCUCCCGAUGUAAAAAUAUAUUCAACUUCUCCAAUUGGUCCAUACGAGUUAGACAUGAAACGUGUUUAUAAUUGCAAUCCUACGCAGGAUAAUAAAAUCCAGCAUAAUUUUUAUAUAAGCCAUGUGGACAACAAAACAAUGAUUUUAGGAAAUACGACAACGUUUAUUCCAUUUGACGACACUUUCUUUCUGGAAAUUAAAAUGUCUCUCAAAGAUUUACACGGAAGAUGGAGAGACAAUUCGUUUUUUCAGAAAUGGCCAAAAGCAUGCUCUACAUUAAAACAAAUAUUAGGAAAUGAGUGGCCUGCAUUUUCGAAAGGUUUUGGACUUAUUAAUACCAAUUGUCCUAUACCUCCGGGUAUUUAUAUAAAUCCGGGGGUAGAUACCUCAUUAUUCAAGAAAUCCAAUCUACCAAAAACAUUUUUGUAUGGGACAUACAAAUUUAACAUGUAUUAUUCACGAAAAAAUGAAAUAUUCGGCUGUCAAGUUUACAUUUUGGAACUUAAACGGCCUUGA